AUGACAUCAGGCCUCAAUCGAACACCCAGCACGAGAAUAUCCACUGACGGUGAUGGCAACACUGUACCUUCCACUGACGAUGCUGUCAACACUGUACAUUCCACUGACGAUGCUGUCAACACUGUACCUUCCACUGACGAUGCUGUCAACACUGUACAUUCCACUGACGAUGCUGGCAACACUGUACAUUCCACUGACGAUGCUGGCAACACUGUACCUUCCACUGACGAUGCUGGCAACACUGUACCUUCCACUGACGAUGCGGGCAACACUGUACAUUCCACUGACGAUGCUGGCAACACUAUAUCCUUCACUGAUAAGUCAGUAAACACUAUAUUCUUCACUGGCAAGGCAGUAAAUACUAUAUACAUCACUGACAGGGCAGUAAGCACUAUAUUCUUCACUGACAAGGCAUUAAGCACUAUAUUCUUCACUGACAAGGCAUUAAGCACUAUAUUCUUCACUGACAGGGCAGUAAGCACUAUAUUCUUCACUGACAAGGCAUUAAGCACUAUAUUCUUCACUGACAAGGCAUUAAGCACUAUAUUCUUCACUGGCAAGGCAUUAAGCACUAUAUUCUUCACUGACAAGGCAGUAAGCACUAUAUUCUUCACUGGCAAGGCAGUAAAUACUAUAUACAUUACUGACAAGGCAGUAAGCACUAUAUUCUUCACUGACAAGGCAGUAAACACUUUAUACUUCACUGACAAGGCAGCAAGCACUAUAUUCUUCACUGACAAGGCCAUAAACAUUAGAUUCUUCACUGGCAAUUAA